AUGAACAUCAACAUGAAUUCGACAGAAAGUAAUGAAGACCUGUCCUCAUUCAAUGCAUCCACGACCCCAACAACUGAAGACAGAAUUCAAUACAACUUCAUCCGAUGCAUCCUGCUCGUCAUAACGACCAUCCUACUUCUGACCCUCAACCCGCUGUGUCUUGUGGUCCUGAGGCAUGUCCGUAGCAUCCAGGAAACAACUAAGAUAUUCCUCAGAUCCAUGACGAUUGCCGAUCUCAGCAUGGGACUCUUCCAAGCUCUACCGAUGACUGUACUUGCAAUUUCCGAGACUGAGCAUAUUGGCGAGGUGUUUUGCCAAGUGCUGUCAUUUGCCGGUGAAAUCGUACUCUACAGUCCCCAGAUGUCACUCCUGCUGCUGACUGUGGACCGCUACAUUUCGGUGGUGUACGCGUUGCGCUACCCAUCUCUUGUAACUGUGAAGCGGGCUCGAAUUUCAGUCUGUUUUGGCUUAACACAGUCAUCUAUUAUCUCAGAAACCAAGAUUGCCGUCGAGCGACCCAUGAUUUUCUGA